AGCUGUGCGCGCGAGCAAACGAAAGCAAAAUGGACCUUUUUCCUUUUUUUAGUAUUAAAGCGUGAAAGCAUCCAGCCGCUCGCUCACGCAGCUUCACUUCGUCGCUUCAGUCUGAGCUUGUGCGGUACUGUGAACACAACGCGGCGGUAUAGCGAUACAACGGUACGGUAUAACGGUACAUAACAGUACUGCGGGUGAAAGCUGGGCGCAAGGUGCCAAAUGUAGGGGAAAAUUGCAUGUGCCAUUAAUGUGAGGAUAUUUGUGUGAGGAUAAAACCACUGGAUUUUCACCAUCUCUCCCCCGAAAGUCCAGAAAGCUGCCUUCUGGGGGCCAGAAAAAAUCUUGAAAUUUCUGGCCACGUGUUAUCCGGUGUUCCGUUUCAUUUUACUUAAUUUUUUGAAAUCAACAUUUAUUAUGCAAAUUAUCGCAACAACAAAGAAGUGGACGUCCAAUCUCCAAAAAACACAUAAAAAAGAGGCACGAAAACUCUGAAACUGGAAGAGAUACUCGGUUUUCUUUUUUUAUAUUUGGAUGCUGCUCCUGCUGCUGCACACAGACAAUGACAGAAAUUUGUCAUCACACACACACACAUAUAAGAACCGCACGCACGGAGAGCGUAGAACAAAGGCAACGGGAAAAAGAUAAAUAAGCUUAGGAGCAGGGAGUGCGAGCGGGAGAGGAAGUGUGGAAGCAGGGGCGUCCUCCGCCCCACUCACUCACGCACUUGACUGAACAUUAAACUCUCUAGUUUUUUGUGCAAAGAUGGAGAUUUCGGACCGUUAUCCUCGCCGGCAGCCGCAUAUCGUCGGCAUCUACGUGCUCCAUCUACACACACAGCUGUAAAAUCCGCAUUCGCAGUCGCAUCCGCCAUUCGCCAUCCGCCAUCCGCAAUUUUUGACAGCUGUCAGCUUGAAAGAACGCGUGUGUGCGUGUGUGCUGGCACAGUUAUUUCCACUUGGCGGCAAGGUCAGCGCGACAUGCAAAUUGAAAAGCGCCGCUCGGGCAAAAACAAAGGCCAUAGAAUGCCCACCACCAACAACAACGACAUCAGCUACGGGAGGAAAAACAACAACAACAACAACAGCAGCAACAAUAGCAACAACAGCAAGAACAACAUCAUCUAACGAAAAUGUUUGAGAAAUAUGUCGCCACAUAUGUGCGCGCGUGUGAGCAAGUGAAAUUAAAAUUCCCGCAUGCCUAAUGAAUUCGCCCGCUCGUUCGCCGUCCCUCUCCCACGACAACCGUUAUGCGUGUGUGUGCCAGUGUGUGUGUGCGUGUGUGUCGCUGACUUCGGAAUGACAACAAAAGCAACAACAACAUUAGCAGCUACAACUAAAACAAUGGCUUGCUAAGCUGUCUGAGUGAGUGAAAAAAAGAAUAGAAGAAGGAGAGCCAAAGAGAUAGAGAGAGAAGGAGACCGAGAGAACGACCAGGAGAGAGAAAGAGAGCGAAAGAGAAAGAUAGGUGAAGGAAGGACGAAAGCAAAAGUGAAAUUUGCAGCAAAGAAAGGAGUGGUCAGAGCGGAGGACACUGGGUGCUGGGAGCAGAAGGAUCGGCGGCCAGGCGACGACAAUCGUUGGUAUGUCCACAGCCAAAAGGCUGGUGCUCUCGCUACGUGGACGCAAGAACUCGCAGGGAAACUCGGCGACCUCCUCCACCCGCCUGGUAUCCGCCGGCACCUCGCCCGGCCAUGAGCUGGAUGAAAUAGCCGUGGUCUCGGGCACAGGAUCCAGCAGUCACCACUUCUCCUAUGGCGGCUGCCUUGCCACCGGCGACGCGCCCUUGCCGCGCUACUCAACAGCUGCCACGCCCAGUUUGAGGCGUGCAACGGCCAUCGAUGUUGAUGCAGAUGCAGAUGCAGACGCAGACGCAGAUGGUAAUGACAACGAAAACCAUGUCGAUGGUUAUAGCAAUGAUGAUGACAAUGAUGAACGAUGGCUGAGAGCUCCGAGGGCUCAGAAGGUUCAGAAGGCUCAAACUCAGGCUUAUGCCGCUCACAAUGACAGGCCGCAGACCAAAACAACGGGCGCAAUACGUCAAAACAACGGCAGCAACAAGAGCAACAGCAACUGCAACAGCAACUGUAACAGCAACUGCAACAGCAGCAGCAACUGCAACAGCAGCAGCAACAACUAUAAAUCAGCAACAACAUCUCAGUCAAACAUAAACCAUAGAUUAGCGCCGAGGGCUAGCUUUCCGGAGAUAAUGCAGCCACGCCUGUCGCUCAAUGGGCUGCUGAACCCAUCGCUAAUGCCCUCGCCCCGCCCCCUCUAUCGGGAUCACAGCUCGAGGUCAAUCAACCCACUGACCGCCUAUGAGCAGCAAAUGGCCGAGCUGGACGGCAGCUUCUAUGCGAGCAAUGCCGGCUACUUGGGCGCCGGAAUGGGCGGCAGUGCGGGCGGUGGCACCACCUGUACAAAUCUCACGGUGGGCGGUGGUUCCACUGGUGGCGGUGCAAUGGCGGGUGGUGGUGGUACUGCAAACCAAGUGGGUGGCAGUGGCAGUGGUGGUGGUGGUGGUGGUGCCGCCAUACACACAACCGAACUCUCGAUCACACCCACAAUGGCCGGCGAUGAGCAGUUCAUCGAUCUGGGGAGCCUGCGACGCUUCUCGAUCGAUCGCCAGAGCUUUCUCGAUCUAGGACCAAAGUUUGGCAUGACCCAGCCGAAAUUCGGGCAGAGUGUCUCGCAACAAGGUUUCUUCACUUCGCACGACAGCCUGGCCACACCAUGCGCCUCCAGGGCCUCCAACUCGCACAUGGCCACCGUAAGCACUGCCUCAGAAAUGGAUCUUCUGCACAACAAGCAACGCAACAAGUCGCGGGGUCGUCUGAAAACGGCUGCCAGCGGCGAUCAGCCGCUCCUGGGCACAUGGAACCGAUCCACGGGACGCGGCUCGCAGGAUAACACGCUGGCCGGCGGCGGAGCCACCAGUUUGGCCAUGGGCGGCCACAACCAGUACGGUGGCAACUACUGCAACGGCACAGAUCGCUACCCGCGCUCCCGAUCCCAGCAGCAGGGGCACCACAAUGCUGCCCAGCAGGCGCAUCACCCCUACCAGCUGCAGCACUCGGCCUCCACGGUGUCGCACCACCCGCACGCACACGGUCCACCCUCGCAGGGUGGCCCUGGUGGACCAGGACCUCCCCACGGCGGCCAUCCGCAUCAUACGCACCACGGUGGCGCCGGCAGCGGAGGAGGUAGUGGACCAGGCUCACAUGGUGGCCAGCCGCAUCAUCAGAAGCCACGGCGAACGGCCUCGCAACGGAUUCGAGCAGCGACGGCGGCCAGGAAGCUGCACUUCGUCUUUGAUCCGGCGGGGCGACUGUGCUACUACUGGUCCAUGGUGGUGUCCAUGGCCUUCCUGUACAACUUCUGGGUGAUAAUCUACCGCUUCGCCUUCCAGGAGAUCAACCGGCGCACGAUCGCCAUCUGGUUCUGUCUGGACUACCUGUCCGACUUCCUGUAUCUGAUCGAUAUACUGUUCCACUUUCGCACCGGAUACCUGGAGGACGGGGUGCUGCAGACGGACGCUCUGAAGCUGCGCACCCACUACAUGAACUCGACGAUCUUCUACAUCGACUGCCUGUGCCUGCUGCCGCUGGACUUCCUCUAUCUGUCCAUCGGCUUCAACUCGAUCCUGCGCAGCUUCCGGCUGGUGAAGAUCUACCGGUUCUGGGCGUUCAUGGAUCGCACCGAGCGGCACACCAACUACCCGAACCUGUUCCGGAGCACGGCCCUCAUCCACUACCUGCUUGUGAUAUUCCAUUGGAACGGCUGUCUCUACCACAUCAUCCACAAGAACAAUGGGUUCGGAUCGCGCAACUGGGUCUACCACGACUCGGAGUCGGCGGACGUGGUCAAGCAGUAUCUGCAGAGCUACUACUGGUGCACCCUGGCCCUGACCACCAUCGGGGAUCUGCCCAAGCCGCGCUCCAAGGGCGAGUACGUCUUUGUAAUCCUCCAGCUCCUCUUCGGCCUGAUGCUCUUUGCCACGGUGCUGGGGCACGUGGCCAACAUUGUGACGUCAGUGAGCGCAGCGCGCAAGGAGUUUCAAGCCAAGCUGGAUGGCGUGAAGACGUACAUGCGGAUGCGACGUGUGCCGAAUCAUCUGCAGGUGAAGGUCAUCAAAUGGUUCGAUUACCUGUGGCUUACGCAAAAAUGCUCGGACGAGGAGCGCGCCGUGUCCUGUCUUCCUGAUAAAUUAAAGGCUGAAAUAGCAAUUAACGUCCAUUUAGAUACGCUCAAGCGGGUGGAGAUUUUCCAAAACACAGAGGCCGGUUUCCUAUGCGAACUGGUGCUGCGCCUGAGGCCCGUGCUCUUCUCGCCCGGCGACUACAUCUGCAGAAAGGGCGAGGUGGGCAAGGAGAUGUACAUUGUGAACCGAGGACGACUGCAGGUGGUGGCCGACAAUGGAAAGACGGUGAUGGCCUCCCUGAAGGCUGGUUCCUAUUUUGGCGAGAUUAGUAUACUCAAUAUGGGCACCGCAGGUAAAGAACUUGGCAACCGACGCACAGCCAGCGUUCGCUCAGUGGGAUACAGCGACCUCUUCGUCCUGAGCAAGAAGGACAUGUGGGACGUGCUGAAGGAGUAUCCGGCGGCGCGUGUUCGUCUGGAGUCGAUAGCCGUCAAGCGAUUGGAGAAGUACAAGAAGGCACCGCUGGAGAAAGUUGCCAUGGGCCGUUGCCAAUCGACGCCGGGCUUAGUCGAGAGCUGUGGCCGCACGUCUCUGGAGGAGAUGUGGCUGCCACCGGCGACGGUGAUGCACCACCACCAGGCGCUCCAGCAGCAGCAUCAGGCAUCCCAGCAGCAGUCGCAUCGACAGGAGUCCACGCAAGCCUCCUCCCAGACACAUGGGUACAGUCCCCGCAGCUAUGCCGAUCGUUUGGUCCGGGCCACGGACUCCCCCAGAUCGGUUAGCCCCAGUGCCCAUGGAUCCGAGGAACGACCACGUAGUCGAACGACUUCGCACCACUCAAUAAGGCCACAAUCCCAGCCCAGCCACACGGGUCACAUUUGCGACUCCAGUUCGCAGCUGGAGUGCUAUGGAGCGGGCGUGGGCGGUGCUGGUGGCGGAACCACGCCCCUUUUGGGCUCCCACGAAGUUCUCGAGGACGAGAUCAAGCGGCUGAGGGAACGCCUGCACACGGUGGAAUCGGAGAACCAGGCCCUGAACACGAAACUCUCGCAGCAGCAGUGGGAUCUGGAGAACCGGCUGGCCGAGAUUGAGAUGCAAAUCUGCGGAGUGUCGUCGACGUCCAGUGUGGAUCCCGAGAAUGAGACGGAGGAGCUGGAACGGAACAGAGAGAGUAUCAUUUAACACGGGAGCGUGCUGCCCCAUCAGGCGAUCGGUAUGGUGUACAUAUCAUGUUCCUCAUGACUCCACGAUCAUCAUUGAUCAUCUGACAACUGAGUGCAUUUGGCGAUCGGGCGACUUGGAUCAUUACACCGCAUCAUAUUGCAUCUAACUCUCGCUUCCCAAAUCUCCCACUCUCUAUCUGUCUCGUAUUUGUGUUUCUCCCUCUCUCUCUCUCUCCCGCCCACUAACUGUGCUUUGUAUUUGUGUGUAUGUGUGUGAUGCAUGCAUUCCAAAUUGCCUUACUAACGAAAAACCAAUAAAAAAACAUCAACAUAAACAUAACCAGGAGCAGCAGCAGCUAUACAGCAGCAGGAGGAGCGCAGGGAUCGGGAGAGGAAGGAUCAAGGCCGACCAAUGGAGAGUGAAGCGGGAACUGGGUCCUGUGCCAAAUACUUCUCGCUUUAGAGAGAUCCACACACAGAGAGAGAGAUAGAGAGAGGGGAGGACAGGGCGCCAGAUAAUCCCCAAGAUGUGCAAUUAAUGUCUCUUAUGAUCAUUACGCUACACCAAGAGUAAAAUAAAGCCGAAAAUGGCACUGCCAAAUGAAAAUUGUCUGUACAUAGGUGUGAAGAAAAUUCAGAUCAAAAUAUAAGCAAAACGAUCGUAAUUGGUUAAGCUAUGCACGAUGGAUCGGAAAGCUUUAAUAGAUUAUCCGAGAGAACUUUUUCCAGAAACCCUACAACUUGUUACCCAACACUUACACUUUUUCCAUACUACGCUCAGAAAUAGAUUGAGAUUUACAUAGAUAUAUCAUUAGGCCUAGACGCUCUUCGCUCCUUUUACUGGUAACUAAGCCAAAUCGAAACGGGUACUCGAAUUCCCAUUGUAAAUAAACUUCGCUCUAGGAACUCAAUUAGCAUUAUGGUCAAUGACAUAAGUAUGGAUCAUCUGAAUAAAUAACUAAAGAUUACUUUAACUCAUGAGUGUAACAAAUGAAUCGUAUAUCUAUUGUAAUAUUUGCUAACUGUAAUUUGAAAAAUUAAAUUUACUAGAUGUGUAUAUGGGAAACGAUUUACUUUACAACUGAAAAUAAUGCAUAAACAAUUUAUGGACAACUAAGUGAAUAUUUGCAAAAUAUUUGUACUAUUGGAAAAGAACUGCCAGAGCAUACACCACACACUCGAAAAACUAUAUUAAUAAUAAUAAUAAACAAACAAAAACAAUUUAAAAGAAAACGCUAUAGACAUUUAGCUAUUGAUAAAACCAAUAUUAAUGGGUAAAUAUGUCAAAAAGAAAACACUUUUAAUGCAAUAUUAAAUUGUACUACUGUCGUAUAUAGUAUCUACAUUAUACAUGAUCUAAAUUAUACUUGAUAUGGUAACAAUUUAAAGGUCUAAAUGUAUUUAACUUUAGUUAGUUGCCCCCAGAGCCAAACCAAUGCUGAAGAUUGUAGUUGAGAAAAAACCAAGAUUAAUUUAGGCAAGAAGGUUCUGUAGCAGAACACAGAACGCAGUUCGAGAAUCCCCAUAAUAUGGGGGCUGCGAUGAAGAAUGAAGAAUAAUUAAUUUAGCUGUAACUCUAGUUAUACCUAGUUAUACCAUUAGAUGUGUACCAGAGAAGACCAAAAAAAGAUCGAAUCUCGAUCAAAUAUGAAAAUUGUUCAGUGUCAGGUCCCGGGAGCAUUGAAAAAGGCAAACUGAGUUGAUAAGAAAACCUAAUAAUUAUAUAGCUAACUCGAUUAAGAACCUCAAAUUUACAGAAUGAGCAGGCGUUUAAGCCAGGAUACGUUUGAGUAUCUGCCGAGAAAACGGAAACUGGAACGAAUCUCAUUUCAUGCCAACAAUGAUAGGCCAAAAACUUAAGCUCAA